CGCGACACCGUUCACGUUUCGGCGCGUAUUUUUAGCGACCAUAUUGGAUUUCGAUCUUUUCGCAUCAAGCAACCGCCAUAGACACGUCGAUUGAUAUCGCUCCGCAUUUUACGCAUUUUUUAUGUAUCGAAAGUAAGUCUCGUGCGAAACCAAGUAUCGGGAGUGUCGCAACAUAGCGAUGUGCGUUUUGCGUUGAAACGUAACUUGGAUUGUGUCUACGCGAGUGUCAGAGUCACGAUGGAGUAUCCACAGCAGCCGGCAAUAAGAUACUGGGUCGAGAAGCUAGAGUGAAGGACAUAGAACUUCGGAAUACGGGUAAUAAUACAUCAUAUAUUUCCAGUUUCAAGUCAGUUACCCGACUUCACGAUUGGACGACAUGUGAAAUUUCUCAGGGGAGCAUAGCGAUAUGGAAUAGCAAUACGGACUGUUGUCACUGUUGUCGACGAACAACUGUAGAGGAAAUCGGAUAGGUAGUAAACUAUCGAAACAGAGACCACACAACACCUAUAUAUACGUUAGUUCGCAAUGACAUUUUGUUGUCGCGCGCAACUUCCGUCGUUUUAUCGUACCUUUACACAAUGUCACGUUUCGCGUGGGAGCAAAUGUAUACUUCGUGUCUGGUGAACUAUGUUCCUCGACGAUAACCAGAUUGUUUUUCACGCAAAAGAACUCCACUUAGAACAUAAACAUAUAAUAAACAUCUCUUUAAUAUCGUUCUCUAUGAAAGAAUUCUGUAAAUACACUUGACGCAUCCAAUAAACUCAUCAUCAAAGAUGACAAAAUAAAACAGCGCACACGAUUCUUUCCAAAGUUCUAGCGACGUAAAUUCACAGAGACGCGCAGUUCUCCGAGUUAUCAGCGGUAGAUUCGACACGCGCGAAGAAGAUCGAUGCUACAUUUCGGCCGACGGGCGGUCCGCAACACGACGGAUAUAACUACUGUCGUUCCGAAAGCGUUUUGCACUACUGUGCCGCGCUUACCUCUCGACUAUGUUAUCACCCACUCGGCCGCACGUCGUCGCCACGAUUAUCGCCGGAUCGCACUGUCAGAGUGUUUACCACCGCGUAUACCUACGGAGAAGGAUAAACAGCCAGCGCCUUCUCAUGGACCAUCCCUUGUCGGCGCGCGAUCAAUACUCGGGCGGGUAGCGUGCAGUGAUCGCUGUCUCGUGAGUAUCGUGCACGCUCUCGUGGCGUUCCGACAUCCCAGACGUGUGUUCUCUGAUAUGUCUUAUAAAUUGAUAUCCUCCGCGAAGAUGGGAGGGUGCAUCGGCGUUCGCGUAUCCGGCGCGAGAUAGAUAUUUAUUUACGCGCGUCGCGGGGUGAGUGUGUUUCACGGGGCGUUCUCCCUUUCCUAUAUAAAUGUGGCACGCCGUGAGGCGUGUUACUGUCAGGGCAAAUCUCGGCGUACUCGUUGACAGCGGUGUUGUGGAAUUUUUUAUUGCAUAGCGCGCCGAGAACGCGCGCGUUACUGCUCGCGAGGACAAAGCGACGAAGAUGAAGAGGCAGAAUGUCAGGACUCUGUCGCUAGUAGUGUGCACGUUCACGUAUUUAUUGGUCGGUGCCGCGGUGUUUGACGCCCUUGAAUCCGACACUGAGAAGAAACGCUGGGAAUUUCUCUCCGAGAUCCGCCGUAACAUGAUGAAGAAGUACAACAUCACGCCAGAGGACUACAAGAUGGUCGAAAUCGUGAUAAUCGAGAAUAAGCCGCACAAAGCGGGGCCGCAAUGGAAGUUCGCGGGUGCCUUCUAUUUUGCUACUUUAGUAUUAGCCAUGAUCGGUUACGGACACUCCACGCCAGUAACCAUAGGUGGAAAGGCGUUCUGCAUGGCGUAUGCGAUGGUGGGAAUCCCGUUGGGGCUGGUGAUGUUCCAGAGUAUCGGCGAGCGGUUGAACAAGUUUGCGUCGGUCGUGAUCAGGAGAGCGAAAACGUAUCUCAGAUGUCAGAAGACCGAGGCUACCGAGAUGAAUCUCAUGUUGGCGACCGGUCUGCUCUCAAGUAUAAUCAUCACAACGGGCGCUGCGGUGUUCUCACGAUACGAGGGCUGGAGCUAUUUCGACAGUUUCUAUUAUUGCUUCGUGACGUUAACCACCAUAGGCUUCGGCGACUUUGUCGCUCUUCAGAACGACCAUGCGCUCUCCAAUAAACCCGGAUACGUGGCUUUGAGUCUAGUUUUCAUCCUCUUCGGCUUGGCCGUAGUUGCCGCCAGUAUCAAUCUGCUUGUGCUGCGCUUCAUGACGAUGAACACCGGUGAGGCGCGUCGCGAAGACAACGAGAUGCAGUCCGCCUCACAACACGUCCUGACGCUGGACGGCGAAGUCGUGGCGGUGAACGGCAAGCUUCUGGCCGGACAUGAGCCGAUCGUCCACGACACGGAAGACUGCGUGAGCGUGUGUUCCUGCACUUGCCUCGGUCCGGCAAAUUCCGAGCUGCUGGAUCCAUCCGGGUAUCAAGGUUACCGACCGCCUUCGACCUCUGCCAGCCUUCGUAUGAAACGAGCAUCCGUCUGAUGGAAGGAGUUUCGUCGUCGCAGUUUACGUUGUCGACUUUCGAAGGCCGACAGCCGGGAGCUGCUCGGCAUCGACGUAUGAGAGUCGAUAUUCUUCUCACAAGUGAGAGAGAAAGAGAAAUAUUCCCCAAAAAUUCCGCGGCCGCAAAAGACAACGAAGCAUAAUCUUUCCUCAUCCCAUGGAAAAGAGAUCUGAAAAACAAACAAAAAAGUUUCCGACGUUACCAUUCUCUCUCAACGUUUGACAAGCUUAAUUGUCGCGAAGACAAUGAGAUGCAGUCCGUCUCGCAGCAUGUUCUUACGCUGGACGACAAAGUUGUGGCAAUGAACAGCAAGCUUCUGGUCGAACAUGAACCGAUUGUCCACGACACAGAAAACUACAUGAGCGUAUGCUCUUUUACUUGCCUCGGUUCGAUAUAUUCCGAGCUGCUAGAUUCGUCCGGGUAUCAAGUUUACUGACUGCCUUCGACCUCUGCUAGCAUUCACAUGAAAUGAAUAUUCGUCUAAUGGAAGGAAUUUCAUUGUCGCACGUUGCCGAUUUUCGAAGGCCGGGAGGCUGCUCAGCAUCGACGUAUGAGAGUCGAUAUUUUUCUCACAAGUGAGAGAGAAAGAAAAAUAUUCUUCAAAGAUUCCGCGGCCGCAGAAGACGACGACACAUAAUGUCUCCUCACCCCAUGGGAAAUAAGAGAUCUAAAAAACAAACAAAAAAGUUUCCGACGUUACUGUUCGCCCUCAAUGUUUGACAUGCGUAAUUGUUGGCUGACUGUGAAAUGUCGUUUGACGAUCAUUGAGCACGGAAUGCUUGCAUAUUCCUGUUGCACUUCUCAAUGUUGUAUCGAUUGAUACGUAUCCUCGAAGUUGAUACAUUUUGAUAGUUCACGUUGACGACCGCGUAUGUCGGUCCUAGCCACCAAGUGGAUAUUGUAUACACGUAAUUGUCGAUACUGAGUCGAUAUCGACUCGUCGGACGGCGAGUGACUCGCUACGGUCGUUUGAAUUUUUUUGAUAAACGUAUGGUGACACAUCAUAUCGCUCCGCGACGAAACCGCAUCGUAUAGUCACGAGACAUGGAUCGUCCGGGUAAUUUUCCGAAUAGGUAACCUUCACGAAUCGUGUCUCAUAUAAGAACGAAACAUCCAGUACCUCAGAAAUAGUAUUCGCGAGCUCAAACGCGGAUUAUCCGAUAAAAAAUGCAUUUAUAGAUCGUAGUUAUUGAUGUUGCACUAGAAUAAUAUGUGUGAACCGCACGAGGCAUAGAUCGUUGCGCGACAACUUGGAGGUUCUCGUGUUCAGUGGAAUCAAUUUAACGGCUGACUUCGUACCGUUGCCACACAUUUAAUUUUUGUAUAAUAUUUUUCCCGUUGCAGUCUAAUUAGAAGUUUAUUUUUAUUGCAAAAAGAUUUUAUUUUAAGAAUUUAUAUAUUUAAUUUAUUUAAUUCUUAUGUAUAUAAACCUAAGGGCUUAUAUGUUUUAUUGUAAAAAGGAUAAAAAAGAAUCUAUAAAAAUAAGAGAAAAGAACUUGUGCAAAAUAAGAAUUAUCAUGUAUUCAUAAUUCUAGCUAAAAAAAUUUACGGUGAAUUUAUGAUGUUCUGUUUCAUACGUUACAUUAAGAAAUAAUAAUUAAUAUUUUAAUUCAUGCAUCAGAUAUGCGAUGUCUACUUGUGCGAAAAGAUUUCACGAGAAUCUCUAAGAUUUAGUAAGAUCGUGCGAUAUCGUGCAAGAACUAUACAUAUGAGCAUAAACACAAUAGAACAAUACUUUGGCCUCAAUAGCGUAACAUUGUAUACAUAUUUCCAUAUUUAUACCCGUAAGGGCCGAUUUUUCAAGGAUAAUUUAAACUUAGAUUUCAACUUAAACUCUGUUUAAACAAAACAAACGCAUUGUUAGAAUAGAGUUUAAAUUUGAAUCUAAGUUAUUGAAAAACUGGCCCUAAGUGUAAAGAAAUAUUGCCUGGCGAAAUUUGACAUGAUCAUUUGACGUAAUCAGGUUGCAGAUGUGUAUAUGCGACGUAUCGCGAGUCUUGUAUUUUUUUAAGACAUUUAUAAAAUAAAGAGAAACGUAGAAAAAAAUACCCGGGAAGACUGAUAGCUGAAAUUAAAUAAAAUAUACAGUUAUUAUUUUUUUUAUUAAAUUUCAAUCUUGCUCUAAAUUAAUUAUUUAAAAUUGCUCUUUCUCUAAAAUUUAAUUGUUACAAUCAGCUGCGUCGAUCUCGUUUAAGGAAUUUUGUAUUUCGUUUUAUACUAAGUGUUCAACAUUCGCGGUAGGAAAAGUUCAAGCAAGUAAUUAAUACUUCCGACAUAUUGCUAAAUGGAAUUUAUUUACACUUUGAAAUUGAUAUAUACUGCACAUCAAUUUUUUCUAUUUAUAUUUAUUUUUAAUAAGACGCAUACUAAGAAUGUGAAUUAAAUCAUAUGUUUGAAUGCUUGAUCGAAAUAAUUGAUAUGUCAAUUGGUGCUUCCUCUAUUGUAUGCCACAUUGUACUUCGUGAAUUAGAAAAUGCGAUCGUUGUGAUCAAUAUACGCACAAGUUGUAAUAAUACCAGAGAGUUUGUGUUGUGAGAAAAUAAUAGAUGUUAAAAUAUGCCGACAUCAUCGAAAAUAUCGUCGAUUUUUUCUGGAACGCAUCGUAAUGUGCACAACAUUUAAAAAAGUGCGAAUUUAUUCACAGAUAUGGAGUAAAGAUUCACAGAUGGGAUAAAGAUAUGGAGUAGUCACCAUGACAAAAUGAAAUAGAUGAUUAUUAUGUAAUAUUAUUAUAACAUAUACUCUAUAUGCCUCUAUUUUUUAAUGUGAAUACAUUUUUAAUAAACAUCACACAAUACGGCGUGUUACAAUAAUCUUUUUAUCUAAA